AUGUAUCUUACAGCUACACGACCAGAUAUAGCAUUUGUGGUUAGUCUAAUUAGCAGAUACAUGGAAACUCCUACUGAGCUUCAUCUACAGGCAGCAAAAAGGGUUUUCAGAUAUUUGAAAGGAACUGUUGGGUUUGGAAUUUUUUAUAGAAAAGGAGGAGGAGAUGAGCUUAUUGCCUACACUGAUAGUGAUUAUGCUAGAGACUUAGGAGACAGAAAAAGCACAUCAGGAUAUGUGUUUUUGUUGAGUUCAGGAGCUAUAUCAUGGUCAUCUAAAAAACAACCUGUAGUAAGUCUGUCAACUACAGAGGCAGAAUUUAUAGCUGCAGCCUCUUGUGCUUGUCAAGCAAUAUG